GUGCUGUGUGGUGAAACGGUCGGCUGGCGUCCUGCAGCAGGGUCGCAGCCAUCGGUCAGAAGGCACAGGAAGUGAGGUCACCAGCAGUGGCCCGUUAAUCCUCUAACGAGCUUUAGUUAAUCAGCCGCUCGUGUGAUGCAGAAGAACUCUCUGUACACGGCCAUGAGCCGCUUCAUCGGUGCCGUCAACAACAUGGACCAGACGGUGAUGCUUCCCAGCCGGCUGCGAGACGUUCCGACCAACGGAGCCGCAGACGGAGCCUACGGCUCCUACGUGCUGCUCAAGUCCAUUCGCAACGACAUGGAGUGGGGAGUCCUGCAGCAGGGGGGGGGCCAGAACGGCGGCGGGACGGAGGCGGCGGAGGACGAGGACGACCUGGAGAAACAGUUUUACUUCCACCUGAACGGACUCCACGGCGUUCUGUCCAAGCUGACGCGUAAAGCCGACACGCUGACGAGCCGCUACAAGGAAGAGAUCGGCUGCAGGAACUGAGCUUAACGGGCUUAAUUAGGCUUAACGGGCUUAAUGAGCUUAACGAAGGUUUUUAAUUAGAUUCAAACUCGUUAACAGGAAACAAACUUCCAUUUUUCAUUAUUUCCUUUGUUUAUUUUUUUGUUUAACAAGUCAAAGUUUAUUUCUGAAAGUUCAUUUAAAACAAACUCAGUUCUGUUCAAGCUGAAAAACACAAGAUUAAAACAAUAAAAGAACAAUUCAGAAAAAUAUAAUUACACAAUAAAAGUCAGGAUGUGGACCAAGUGAAAUAAAAACCUGAAAUAUUUAAACAUCUGAAACACAAAAAUAAUCAAUAAAAAGUUUUUCAGGAGUUUAAAGGAUUUAUUAAUUCUCUCCAUCGACUGAAAAUGUUUUAAAUCUUCAUGUUUUCAAAGCAACCAGAAUAAAGAGUCUUAAAUAAUAAAAUAUUAUAAUAAAAACUUCACAACAUUAUGAAUCCCAGCAGAGAUUCAAACAUUAACCUGUUUUUUGUGACAUUUUAACAGAUUUCUGAUGUUUUUAUUGAUGAAACGUUUAAUGAUCGCCGGCUGCUGACUUCACUUCAUGUUUUUGCUAAAUUAAUACAAGUUUGAGAUUUUAAAUUUGGCAAAUUUGUGAGGAAAAAACCCCCCAAAACAUUUAUUUUCUCAAAAACUUCCAGAGCUGUAAAUUCCAGAGUGUCCUCGAACGAGGACUUCUGAUGAUGUCACAACUUUGAAAAUCAACGGUAGUUAACGUGAAAAAACCCCAAAACACUUUAUUUGAUCAACGUCUCUCAGAAGUGUAAAUUCCAGAGUGUCCUCGAACGCACCACAAAGACUUCUGAUGAUGUCACAACUUUAAAAAUUGUCGGUAGUUAACGUGAAAAAACCCCCAAAAACGUAUUUUCUCAACAACUCUCAGAAGUGUAAAUUCAAGACUGUUCUCGAACGCACCACGAAUUUCACAAAUUUGAAAAUUGAUGCUAGUUAAGGUGAAAAAAUCCCCGGACUAAAUCAAUAAAAACAUUUAUUGACUGAAAACGUUUCUUCUGUUUUAUAUGGAAGUUAAAAUGUGUCAAAUCUGAAUCAACGGUUUAUUUAUUUUUUCCGACAUUUUUCGCCGUCCGACAGUAAAACGUUUACACUUAAAACAUUGUUACUGUUCUUACUGAUGAAAAAAAGGAUCAAUAAUUAAACCGAUCAGCUGCUGAUCAAUCAACUGUUUAUUAAACUUUAACUAAUGAUUAUUUUUACUCAUAUUUUAUCUUUAAAAUCAGUGAAAAUAUAAAAAAUAAUCAUUAGUUUCAGCUCCAGUAUAAAGCAGUGAAUCAUCAGCAUAUUUAUAUCUUUAAUUAUAUUUUAUGUAUUAUUAUUAUUAUUAUUGUUUAUGUUUUGUUUGUAAAGCACCUUCUCUGGUUUAGUCAGUGCUGUAUAAAAGUUUAUUUUUAUUACUUUCUUGUU